AUGAAGAAUGCCGAACUCUUGACACUGAUUGAGGACAGUAUUAUAAAUGCUUUCAAUGGUUUCUAUUGUAAUUAUUUCACUCCCAACAAGAAAUAUGAGCCAAAGAUGUGGACUCAAAUUGGGACUGGCUGGCUUACGGGUUUUGGGGUUGCAGUUCCUCGUAGACCUGCUAGAGAUGUAGCUUUCUCUGUUGCCGAAUUUAUACAAACUGGUGGAUCCUUCAUGAACUAUUACAUUUUUUAUGGAGGAGCCAAUUUCGGGAGGACAACAUGUGAUCCUUUUAUAACAACUAGUUAUGACUACGAUGCCCUAGUUGACGAAUAUGGUUUGUUAAUCAUAGGCUUUGAUUAUUAA